AUGUCGGCUACCAGCUCCAACGCACAAAACUUGAAACCAGAGCCACAGUCUACAAAAGCAACGGAGGAGACCAAGUCGUCGCUUCCAUCCCUCGGUGCCCUCGACGAAGACGACGAAUUCGAAGAGUUUGACGAGCAGGACUGGAACGAUACAGAGACCGACCUUUCACACUUGACUGCAGGAGCAUCCAACGCAACUGGUGCUGGUGUUGGUCUCACUAUGGGCGCUUCCUCUGCUAGCACAGGUGACCACCUCUGGCAAGAUUCUUGGGACGACGACACAGUCGAAGACGACUUUAGCAAGGCUUUGAGGGCCGAGCUUGACAAGCAGAGCAACGCACCGCAAGCCAUGUCCACCUAA